GCUACUUUUUUUAACGUUUUCUUUCUCAGCUUAAAGUUGGACUGGAUCUUUUCCCACAGGGUGAACAUAGUUCGGGCUUUAUACUGAAUCGUUAUAUUGCAUUACUUAUGUUAUUGUUGUGCACUUUUUGCAGCCUGUGAUAUGUUUAGUCUGAAAACGGUGACUCUCAGGUAAAGAAUAGCCUUGCCGUUCCUCGGUCAAUAUUGUAUGCUAUUUGGGCGCUAAGGAAUUAUAUUUCCCAUUUUUCUAUGUAAAGCGUCAUUUAGACAGUCUGUUUUGAAAAGCGCUAUACAAAUAAAAUAACAUUUAAUUCAAUAGCCUACUGUCAGAUUUCCACUGAAUCAACAUGGAGAAUGACCAGAAGGGAGCAACUGGUGGAGAAGAUACUGUUGAUGACAAAAUUAUGGAACAAGGAGUGGUUGUUUUCAGAGGGUAUGUAAUUGAGAGUGCACGAAUAGAUUAUCCAGAAAUGCACCUGGGUCCUGAAGACAUUGGUGGGAGGGCGGAUGAAGGACGUGAACCUGAGGUGAAAGAAAUUGUGUCGCACUUACUUAAGAUAGCAGCGGAUCUCAACAGGGACACUGAACUGGAACGCCUCAUAAACCAAGUUGAUCUGGAUUCUGUUCAGGAUGUGUUUUUCUCUGUGGCCAGGAAGAUUUUCUCAGAAGGAGUUAACUGGGGAAGGCUGGUUGCCUUUUUUCAUUUUGGUUACAGACUCAUAUACAAGGCUCUGACGAAGAACCACACAGAAAUCAUCAACAGGAUUGUAGCCUGGGUGUUACAGUUCAUUAGAGAAAAUAUAGCCCCAUGGAUCCGGCGGAAUGGAGGAUGGGGGGGUGUGGUGAACCGUGUACUCCAGUGGAACAACGUGGUCACUUUCGCUGCUGGGAUCCUCACAGGGGCGCUGCUGUACUGGAAGAUGGCCAACUGAUCGUAUUCCAACUCCUACAUUCACAGGGUCUCACUAGGGUCCAGGCUCCUAUUUCCCUAGUCAUGCAACAUGCUGUUCCAUUUUCAUUUAUAUCAUAUUAUCUGUUUGGUGGUGGUGGUGAAAUCCUAAUACUGUAAACCACACAUUACCUCUGUCAUACUUCAUCCCACCACCAGCCAAUCAGAGCCAAUAUUGCCACCCCCUGGGUUGCACUGAACAUCACUGUAAAUGCGCAGAUUUCACUUCCUUGUUCCAUAGCUGGAACAGUAGCAGCCUGAACAUUUUCUUCCAGGGACAGCUUUGAGUAUCUCUGGCGUAAAGGUAAAAAUGUAAUCAUAAAAAUGUCAUGAUUUUGAAUUUCACUGGUCAAGGUAUAAUGCAAAGUGCUUUGCAGUAACACCAGUACUUUAUUGAGAUGCUGCCAAAGGUCUGUGUGUUUUACUAUGGAAGUAUGCUAGAGCGUUGUUUUUACUUAUUUUGCUUUGUCAAUUGACAUUCCACUAGAUCUAAGAAUUAAUGGGUAACACUGUAAAUCAUAUAUUUUUUAUAUUUUUUAUGUAUGUUGUGGGAACAAUCAAGACAUUUGUAUAUUUGAACAAACAAGCAUAUAUUAUAAUUAUAUACAGUACUGUGCAAAAGUCUUAGGCACCUGUAUAACAUUCAGGGGUGGCAUGGAUGGUGCUGUGGUUAGCACCGCCGCCUCACAACAAGGAGGUCCUGAGUUCGAAUCCCUCUCUGUGCGGAGCUUGCAUUUCCACUUCCAGUUUGCAUGGGUUUCCUCCGGGUAAUCCGGUUUCCUUCCAAAGACAUGGAGACUAGGCUGAUUAAGGAAUCUAAAUUGUCCGUGAGUGUGAAUCAAAUCAAUAUUUUUUGUGACCACCCUUCGGCGUUAAAACUGCAUCACUUUUGGAAAAUGAAUAUUUGGAAAUCUCAAAUGUUUUAUUUUAUACUAACACACACAAAAAAAUAAACAUAUAUAUAAUAAAGUCUAGGGUGCCUAAUACUUCUGCACAGUACUGUAUAUUGUUAAAAAUAAAAGUAAUUAUGUUAUAAAAAAUGUAUUUGCAAAAUAA